GAAAAGUUUAACUCUACACCUCGUUAAUAACGAAGCAGGAGACUCUUGAGUUUGCAGCUUUGUCAAACCUUUCUCCUUUAUAUUUUUAAGUCCUAGAACUUUAUUUUUUUAGUGGCCCAUUAGAGAGACAAGGUGAACUGGCCUGUGAAUAAAUUGGCCAAUGAAUAAAUUUAAUUUAUUGAGCAUAGGGGAAAAAGGACCUGGGGAAAUGCCUUGAAAAUGUGGUCUGAUUUUUUUUCAUCUCUUUCUUGUUGGAAAAAAGGAUAUAAAAUGUUCUGGUAUACAUGCGUCUAGGAGGCUAGAUGACUUGGAUUGGUGAUGUAAUUAGUCUUUCAUUUAUUGGGCUGUAGCUACAAGGCCUCAGAACAAAGUUAAGAUGCUGUAUUUAAAUGCAGUUCCAGUUAAACUUGUUUCUACAUAACCUGGUCUGUGAGGUGGAACCAAACUAAGGUGUUUAAAAAAGUGUUUCCGCUAACAUCCUGAAAUGAUUAUUUGCUGGGCUGACUUAAUAUUCUGUAUCAAACCAAAUCUAAUAACUUGCUUUCUGUUGCAUAAUGGCAGAAACUAUGGCCUCCCCCCUGAAACACUUUGUGCUGGCUAAAAAGACAAUUACUGCUAUAUUUAACCAACUGCUGGACUAUGUCACUGAAGGAGCAAGUUUUGUUGAAGCAACAUACAGGAACCCAGAACUUGAAAAUGUAGCAACUGAAGAAGAACUACUGAAAAUACAAGCAUAUAAAAACAAAUUGGCUGUCAUCGGUGAGGUGCUUUCUCGGAGACACAUGAAAGUUGCAUUUUUUGGCAGAACAAGCAGUGGAAAGAGUUCUGUCAUUAAUGCAAUGCUGUGGGAUAAGGUCCUUCCUAGUGGGAUUGGCCACACAACGAAUUGCUUUCUCAGUGUAGAAGGAACAGAUGGUGAUAAGGCAUAUCUCAUGACUGAAGGAUCAGAUGAAAAAAAGAGUGUCAAGACUGUUAAUCAACUUGCCCACGCACUUCAUAUGGAUAAAGACUUGGAAGCUGGCUGCCUUGUCCAUGUCUUUUGGCCCAAAGCAAAGUGUGCUCUCCUGAGAGAUGACUUGGUAUUGGUGGACAGCCCUGGCACAGAUGUCACUACAGAACUAGACACCUGGAUUGACAAAUUCUGUUUAGAUGCCGAUGUCUUUGUUUUGGUUGCUAAUUCAGAAUCAACUCUCAUGAAUACGGAAAAACACUUUUUUCACAAAGUAAAUGAACGACUUUCCAAGCCAAACAUUUUCAUCCUGAAUAAUCGCUGGGAUGCCUCUGCAUCUGAGCCUGAAUAUAUGGAAGAUGUGCGCAGGCAGCACAUGGAGCGUUGUCUGACCUUCCUUGUUGACGAGCUCAAAGUCGUUGAUCCCUCAGAAGCACAGAACCGCAUUUUUUUUGUUUCGGCCAAGGAAGUUCUUAGUGCUAGAAAGCAGAAGGCCCAAGGGAUGCCAGAGAGUGGUGGUGCACUUGCUGAAGGAUUUCAGACACGAUUUCAGGAAUUUCAGACUUUUGAGCAGAUAUUUGAGGAGUGUAUCUCGCAGUCAGCCGUGAAAACCAAGUUUGAACAGCACACUAUCAGAGCUAAACAGAUAAUAGAUACUGUGAAAAACAUAAUGGACGCCAUAAAUGUGGCAGCAGCAGAAAAAAGAGUUAAUUCCAUGGAAAAGCGAGAAGACCAGAAAGAUAGGUUGGAAUUUAUUCGAAACCAGCUGAACAUUUUAACAGAGGAUAUUAAGAAAAAAAUCAAACAGGUUACCGAGGAAGUAGAGAACAAGGUUUCUUCUGCAAUGACCGAUGAGAUUUGUCGACUCUCUGUUUUGGUUGAUGAAUUUUAUUCUGAUUUUCACCCUUCUUCACAAGUUUUGAAGUUGUAUAAAAGUGAGCUCAACAAGCACAUAGAAGAUGGUUUGGGAAGGAUUCUGGCCGACCGUUGCUCCACUGAAGUCAAUCAGUCUAUGCAUCAAUCACAGCAGGAAAUGAUUGAAAAUCUGAAGCCACUAUUACCUUCUGGUGUCCAGAAUCAGCUCCAGAUGCUAAUCCCAUGCAAGAAAUUUGACCUCAGUUAUGAUUUGAACUGUCACAGUCUGUGUUCCGAUUUUCAAGAGGAUAUCAUGUUUCGUUUCUCCCUGGGGUGGACCGCCCUUGUAAACCGCUUCCUUGGGCCAAAACAUGCUCAUAGGGUGCUCCUUGGGCUGGCAGAUCCUGCCUCACAGAUCCCUCGUCCUUUAGCCUCCACCCCCUCUGCCACCUGUUUUCCUGCUGUCACUCCAGAGAACGUAUCACAGGAGGAACUCAUGGUUUCUUUGGUAACAAGUUUAGCUUCACUAACAUCACGGACCUCUAUGAGCAUCAUCAUCAUUGGAGGAGUGGUUUGGAGAACUGUAGGCUGGAAACUCAUCUGUCUUUCCCUGAGUAUGUAUGGAUUAUUGUAUGUCUAUGAGAGACUAACCUGGACAACUAAAGCAAAAGAGAGAGCCUUUAAACAGCAGUUUGUAAACUAUGCUACUGAAAAAUUGCAGAUGAUUGUCAGUUUUACUAGUGCAAAUUGCAGCCAUCAAGUGCAACAAGAAAUGGCCACUACCUUUGCUCGACUGUGCCAGCAAGUCGACAUUACUCAGAAAAACCUGGAAGAAGAAAUUGCUAGGCUGUCCAAAGAAAUAGAUCAGUUAGAGAAAAUCCAGAGUAACUCAAAGAAUCUAAGGAACAAAGCCAUUCACCUUGAAAAUGAGCUGGAUGUUUUUACAAAGCAUUUUCUUCAACAGAAUAAAUAAGAGAGUCCUUUUAUUGAUGGCUUCCUUGGGUAAUGGCCUAUGGGACAAAAUCAUACAAUGACACAUUGCUCCCUUGUGGAGUCACAUGAUGAAAUGAUUUUUAGAAUUACCUUGAUUAUACUUGUCAGAUACUGUAAAGCCCAGUUCACAUUUUUGCAAUGAACUGAUCUAAAAGCUGUGGUAAAGAGAAAUUUUGCAAAGCAAAGUGAUUUAUAUUUACUGAUGUACUGAAUUUAUUCUUCUGGAGAUUUAAAAUAAAAAAAAUCCCCUGUAUUUUGUUUUAGUAUUUGUGGCAAAUCUCACAUUCCUGGCAUCCAGGAGUUAUGUAAGGAGAGAAUCUGUUCUUCCUUCUCUCUCACAUCAGUAUCAAUGGUUCCCAGUUCUUUAGAAAUAAGCCAGUGCCUAGAUGCUGUUUUCAUUCAUAAAACAAAUAUGACAAAGUACUAGGUGAACAUCUCUAAAGUGCUACCUUAGACUAUCUGAAUGCAAAUAAAACCAGUUAGGCUGGGCUGCAGUUACCCUACCUUUAUUCAUUUAUAGACAGAUCUGCCAUUUUUAUUUGCAUGAAUGAUAGUUAAGGAAAUUUGAUUCUUUCUAGUUAUUUUAGAAAGUUUUAAACAUUUAAGUGUAGUUCAGUGAUAGAAUGGCAGAGUCAUCAAACACUGAAAACCAAAGUAAAUUAAUAUGUAUAAAGUGCAGUAUGCAAGCCUUCACAAAAAGCAGGCUUUUUCUUGCUAUAAAGGUGCUCUAGACUCAGCUGAAUUUUUGCAUUAUUUGGGAUAAAGCUUUUGUCUGAGCACUGCCUGAAGGGCUUGCUGUUUUCUAUUUAUUUGGGCCCCGAUGGAGCCUAGCUUAUGAAGAUUUCUCACUAUAUCAAAUACCUGGCAAUUUCACUCAAUGUAAUUUAGGGCACUAAAAACUGGUUUAAUUUGCAGGGGAAAAAACUGUUCCUUUAACUUGCCAAACUAAAUUCAAUAUGUUAACUAUUACAAUCCAUAUGUACACAUAGUUUAGUUGGUUCCUUAAUAAGUAGUACACCAGCUACCUUGCAUCUUUUACCCAUGUCCUAAAGUACAAGGUUCUUUCAGUAGUAUUUAGCUCAGACGGACUUAUUACAGUGUUUGAGAUCUGUAUAAUUCAAGGCUUCAUUUUUGUGGAAAUUGAUUUACUUCAUGAGUGCUGUUUACUUGUUCCCUAUAGUUUUGCUAAAAGACAUCAAGCUUGAAGGCUUGAUUGUAGCAGUGAAAAUAAAAUUUAAAAAAUCUACAGGAGGAAAA